AUGCCAACUCACCGAGCGACCCUUAACGUAAUGGCAACAUUUUUCAAGGAAUUGAAUCAAGAACAAAAGUUACUUUCAUACCUUGCAAAUGCUGCGGAGAAGUUCCCAGAUCAGGAUGACCUGCUUGUUAGCCUAUUCUUUUUGCACGUGCGCAAGUGUAACUUCAAUGCGCAGCAGGCCGUCGUCCGUAAACUUCUUCAAAAAAGUCCGAGGGACAAGAUUCUGCAAUUUUGGAUGGUUUUAAGCACAAUGAUGCAGGGAGAAAAUGACUUAGUGAUGGCCAAACGCAUGUUUCUCCCACUAUCUGAGCGGAUGUUAGAAAAGAUGAAGAAUGACGGCAGUUUUGACUGUCAUGCAGACAUUUUAUUAUAUCUGAUGAUUCUCAAAAGACAGGAUAAGUACUCUGAUGCCCUCGAUGUUCUUAACAAAAGGGAAUUUUUAGACCGAAUUAACGAAAUGGAUUACAAUCGCGAUUACUCAGAUGAAAUCUUGGACCUGCAAUCCUCACUAGAUGAUUGGCCUGGAAUGUUGCAAACUGCCCAGGAUAUGUUGCAGAGUGAUCACGACAACUGGUCGGCCUGGAAGACUCUAAUGGAGCACGCAUUUCGAUGUGAAAGCGAUGAUGGAAAUAAGUUUUCUGUAACUAGGGUCGGACAGUUGUGUUCCUUAAUUGAACAGUUUGUAAAGCAGUCACCCAAGGCCCGUGGUCCUCAUCUUGCCCGGAUUGACUUUUGUGCAAAUCUUGUGAGGCGUGAAAUCCCUCACCCCAGUUCAGAGGAAUCUCUUUGCAUGGACAUAAUUAAACAUUAUAUUGAGGAAUUUGGUGGGAAACCGAUUUGUGCCUUGGAUAUUGCGUAUGCCAUACCACUUCUACUUAAAGAUGAAAAAAAUCGGACAUCUCCUCCUGAUGAUGUUGAGGGUACCCAGCUUGAGGUGUGUGCAUACCGCGUUACGCGAGCCAGUGGUGUCCCCAUAGAUUUGGUAGACGUCGUUUCGUCGUAUCAGUUGCACGCUGCGACACUCCCACCUCAAGUAAACGGUGUCGCUGAGGGGUCGGCCAUUUCAAAAGACAUGUGCCCUCCAGACGGUCUUCUUCUACUUGCCGUCUCUGAACUGCUGGAUCCGGUUAUCAAGCCUCCUAGUAGUGGACAUGCACUUGGCCAACUAUUGCUUGCAGCGUAUUGGCUGGCCCAAAUCGGUCUGAUGCACUCCCCAGCCAAUCACUUUAUGCGACUCCGACUGGCCUCAAUCUUGGCGCCGGGUGGCGGCCUCGCGUGUGUAGAACGUCAGUUACAAGAGCUAAAAUCGAUGGAUUUGAAGCAAAUCCUUCUCGUUUCUUUGGGCCACUUAGUUGUCACACCUGGGCCCCAUUUGACAAUAUGGAGUGGUCAUGAGUCGCAGUCCGCCUCCCACGCAGGGAGCCCACAGGAGGGCGACUCCACUUUGGCGGACUUCUACCACAUGUUGAUCAACAAGACUCAGUUUAUGCAACGCGAGGCAGAGGAUUGGCUCGUGGGUGCUUACCGGCAGCAGGCCUAUACCCAGGUCCGUGAGUUUACUCAGUUCAUUAAUCAGCUGAAACACGCCGAUGGACUCCUGCUCGCUCGUGCUGAACUCAUCUACGACCGUGUGAUUGUUCGUUCGAACAGUUUUGAUGAGGCACUCGAGAAGAUGGGAGGUGCAAGUGCCGAGCUGACUGCAAUCAGACAACUACUCGACAAAAUUGUUGACUGUCGGGACUUCGGUGUAGUUCCGAAUUUUACCUCUCACGAACAGAACCCUGAUAACCAAAUUCAGUCUUUUGAUCAUCUGAGGACAUGGGUGAAACUUCGUCUAGAUGUGGUGGAUCUUUUUGGCGCAUGCUCGAAGUUGGUCAUGAGGGCGGUGCCUUGUAUCGAUCAACUGGGCUCUGGUGAGCUCAGCGCGGAAUUGCGACAAGACCUGAGAAACCUUGUUCAAACGAUCGACGAAAGCACGGCUUCUUUGAUGUCUCGUGUCAAAUCCCUUGACUUCAUCGAGCCACUUUGUGGCAGCAACUUCAAAUACACCGAUCUGCUUCUUACACCGGAGACGAUUUUCUUGUGCCCACCGCCACUGCCCAAAACAGCCAUGAUGUCUUUCUACUUUACUGGCCCUUUCCAUCUGACCCUCGUUGCUGGACUAGAGCUACUCAAGCAUUUAACUGGACUUCUUGACACGAAUCCGGAUCAAAAACCCAACGUGGAGGAUUGCUCCGCGUUGCAACGCUUUGCUGAACCACUUUUGAAGUUUGUCGGCGGGGCCCCCGAUCUCCCUGUUCUGCCAUCACCUCCGUCCGACAGUGACGCUUUGCCCGAUUGGUUGAAUCCGAGUGCUGUUCUCAUUGGUCUCGGUGUUGCUGUGGAAACACUUUCAAUGGCAGUGCUGUUUAUUUCCGCGGCCGCUGCCAUGUUGCGGCCUCGAAGGUUGAUUCAUCAGCCCUUAUCAAAACGGUCCAAGAAAAAUAAAAAGAAACAGCAGUGCAUUGAGGAUAAAUCCGAGACAAAAAUUGCAUGCCCAGUGAUAUCGUAUGUUGACAGAGUGGCUGGGUCACUCUGCGAUAUUGCGUUUCCCCGCGUCGAACUGGCGGCUACACAAAUGCAGCAAUUGGCUGAGUCAUGGACUCAAUGGGCCAGAAGCUGUGGGUCUGCCGCUUUCACCGCAACAGCCCUUAACACUGCCAAAACUGCUCUCACCAGAUUGCCAGAGGAGAAUAAGGCCUUUCCAUGGUAUCCCACGUGCGAGACUGCGAGUCCGACAAUCUACGCUGAGAUGGCUGGCAGCCUAGCGUCCGGUUUUGGUGGAUUGGCCGAACUGUGUCGACGAAAACUUGUAGCACUUGCUGCUGCUCACGAGGAAGUUCGUUGCUUUACCUCCCUGAAAACACCAGGAAAUGAGGAAUAG